AUUCAAUAAAAUUUGGCAACAUGAAAUAUGGUGAAGGCUGAGUUUCAGUUGGCCUCCAUUGUCUUAAACUAGAAGCUAAUAGCCAUUGUUGACGAGAUCUAAUUCAAUUAGUUCUCCCUCUUUUACUUCUCCUUUCUUUUUUCCUUCCCCUAUUAAUCGGAUCACAAUCAUCUCAAUUUCACUUAUUGCGAUCUGCUAAACCCUAAAAUUUGACCGAUGAUGGUUAAUUAAUCGUUUCAUUUGUUUCUGAUCAGCUGAUUUAGAAGCAAAAAAGGUUUAGGUUCAAGGGUUAGUGCAAUUAAAUCAUCGUAUAAGAAUUGCUAAUUCAAUCUCUAUGUUUGGGGGACUUGUGAAUGCUAAUAGUCCCCAUCUCCGGAAAUCUGGAAGUAGACCUGUUUUUGUUGAAACUGGUGAAAGCAGUGAAGAAGUUCUACAUCCUUCCGUGUCUAAUGAAAUGAAGGGUAUUAGUCUAACAUCCCCUUUGAGCAGCACUGUCAUGAUGCCAUCACCCACUUUCUUGUGGAGAUUUAAGGUGCUGCUGUUUUUUAUCUGGGGGUUUUGCUGUUGCAAGAUUGGAUGGCAUUCUGUAAUGCGAAUGAGCGCUGAUCUAAGAGAUCUCUUCUUGUAUGAGGCUUUUCUGUACUACAACCCUCUUCUACUUGUGACUUUGAUGGUUUGGCUUUGGGGGAUAAAUCUAUGGGUCUUUUCUCAGGCUAACGUGAAUUAUGCAAAGAUUUUUGACAUUGAUCAAACUCAUCUUACUCACUGGGAAAUAUGGAAGUGCGCCACCUGGAUGACUAUUAUAGUUCCGACGAGUAUGACGGCAUAUCUUUAUCUGUAUUCAGAUGGCGAAGUGUCAUUAGCAGCAUCUCAACCUGUUCUUUUGUACAUUGCUGUUAUAAUGAUAUUAAUAUCCCCCUUUGAUAUUUUCUAUUUAUCUUCACGGUACUACCUGUUGAGAACUCUUUGGAGAAUAGUUCUUCCCCUGCAGGCAAUAUCAUUUUCUGACUUCUUCUUGGCUGAUAUCUUGACGUCCAUGUCCAAGGUAUUGUCAGACUUGGAGCGUUCUGUGUGCCGCAUGGUACAUCGUCAGGUUGCUACUAUUGCGUGGUUUGAGGCUGAUUCUGUAUGUGGCAGUCAUUCUGUUGCUAUUCCGGUGGUUCUGGUACUACCUUAUAUUUUCCGACUCUUCCAAUGUCUUAGGCAAUACAAGGACAGCGGAGAAAAGUCAAGUCUCCUUAAUGCUCUAAAAUAUUCAACUGCAAUACCAGUUAUUUUCCUUUCAGCGCUCAAAUACCAUGUAUUCCCAGAUAAGUGGACAAAUUUUUAUAGGCCACUCUGGUUGAUGUCAAGUUUAUUGAACUCCAUGUAUUCUUUUUACUGGGAUAUUACGCGAGAUUGGGAUAUGAGUUGUUUCACCCGGAUAUUCAAGUUUGGGAAACCUCAUAUUUGCUCGUACCUUCUUUAUGGACGGAAAUGGGUUUAUUGCUGGGUGAUUGGAAGCAAUUUGAUUCUUCGAUGUACUUGGACGUACAAACUAUCUGCUCAUCUCCGACAUAAUUACCUUACUGUUUUUACUAUUACUGCUCUGGAGAUCUUCCGCCGUUUUCAAUGGGUUUUCUUUCGUGUGGAAAACGAGUGGAAUAAAAUGAAUGCAAAGUCACACAUUCAGUUAUCGGAAAGCGACGAUUCAAGUGAGGAUGCUAAUUUACUAGACUCUGCAAACCAUAGUGUAUAAUUUAUAAGUGACUAUCCCGAAAAUUCGCAUUCUAUAGCCAUGCUUAUGCGACUUUUCGGUACAGUUUUCCCUAAUCCCCAGAGCCUAGAGGUGUAUAUUGAACCGAGUUUUGACCCAUUCUUUAUUAAAUGAGAUUAUGCUAAAUACAUUUGUUCUGUACAAGGAAGUUAUACAUUACUUGCUAGUAAGAAAUGCGAUAAGGAAAAGCGAAAUUGAAUGAAAGAAAGAAUGGCGGGAAAGUUAGGUGUAUCCGCCAAUAAUAUGAAAGAACCAAGAAUACAUUUUCUAGCUAGUAAAGGUAUCGGUUGUUUGAGUACGAAGGAAGAGUGUGUUGAUUUUGAAAGUAGUAAGGACAAUCAAAGCCAAGGUGACCAAUAUAGACAACGUUGAUAGCACAAGAGCAAGCGUCUGAGCCAAACCGUUGUCGAGUUGUUGGGCAUAGUCGAUUGACGCCAGUGCCAGUAUUGUGAGAGGAAACGAGUACGCCCACCAUGCUAUGUUGAACUUUCUCAUCGACUUCUUGAAUAAUGUUGGUCGACAUACCUGCAAUCACAUAAACACGGUUAAUCCAUACACAUGAAAAAUCAUAAUGGUAAAUUUUCUAGUGUAAAUUUUUGUUCACAAAAAUGUUUACAAAGUAAUAUAUAAUGUUAUAUGAGAAUCGGGAGAAUAAUAAUCUCAACAGUUAGAUAAAUAGAAAGGGUAAUGAUUCGCGUACAG